GGGGGCUGGGCUCUGAGUAGGGUGUCUCCCCACCAUUUCAGCUGCCAUCCUGCACCUGUGCCAGGGCCAGGGCACCCAGGGGACUCCCCAGGCACCCAGAAGGCGAGGAAGGCCCUCUAGCUGCUCCAGCACCAUGGAACCUUGAGCAAGGGCUUGCAGGAGUGGGGAAUUUUUAAGGGAGCGGCUAUUUUUAAGUGGCACGCCUUGGCUAUUUCAAGGCUUGGGUUUCUGUUUUAUUUAUUUAAUUCAAAGGGAAGCUGUGUUUUCUCAUGAUCUGUUCCUUUCAAGAUGGUGUCGCGGGCGUUUUUUAAUGUUGACGUCAUCUUGACUUGGUGAGCUGGUCAAAAGACACUGCAGGGCCAACGGGCUCUUACCACGCUGCUCAAACGAGAAAAGAGCCAACACGGUGGUCAGGACUUCUGCAGCUCACAAGGGCCCUGACGUAGUAUUUUUCCAUUAAAAAAAACCUUAACACAGAACUCUGCUUAAAGGUCUGUACAUUUUUCAAAAUACAUGUCCCAAAGAUGCUAAGGCAGGAUCCUACAGAAAACCACCAAGCAUGUUCGCAGCAGGAUGCUAUGCAGACAGACACAGGGCAGCAGCAGGCCAGCGUUCCCGAGAGACGCCCACGCAGCUGUCUGCGUGCAGCUUCCCAACAAUCAAGAAGAUACCAGGACAAAAACAUGGGGGCUGCACUGAGGAGGGAGAGGCGGAACCCUGGGUCUCUGGCGAGCUAACCUAGCCGACUGGUGAGUCCCAGGCCAAUGAGAGACCCUGCCUCAAAAACCAAGGCGGACAGAACCUGAGGAAUCCUAACUGAGGUUCUCCAGCCUCCACAUGCACACACAUGCAUAUGUACAUACAUGAACAUGCACACACACUCAGAUACAAAGAAAGUACAAGUGAGAUCAAUUCACUCUAAAUUAUUGUGAAUACCAGAUAACUUGACUGAACAGCUCAGGUCAGGGCCACCUAAGUAAGGUCUGAUCAUGAAGUGAAGCUCCCUCUUCCAUGCUUAUCUCCACCUCAGGGCUACCAUGCCAAGAUCACCCCUAUACUCUGGCUGAAACCCCAACAACCAGAAGGAGGGAUGCUUCUGGAAUGGCAAUGAGUCACAGGCCCACUCGGCCCCCAGGGCCUGGGUCCCCUCAACUUGGGCUGUACAAGGAAGGCCUAAAACUGGAAACAGAGAAAAGAGGUGGUUCACUGACCCCUGGGCAGAGGGACAUUAGACCCAGCUAACAUUAGAGCAGAAACCCACCUGGACUCCUAAUUUCUCAUCAGAAUACUUGCUACCUGUGGGCUGCAUUUCCUGCUGCAAGCAUCCCCAAGAAAAUCAUACCUUACAUUUGCUGUGUUCCUGGCGCCCUACUAAAGGUAACUUAGAAAACCCAGGGAUCAGUCUUAGAAGCCAGCACCACUCCAAGUAAGCAAGGGUAUCAUCACUUGCUUCCACAAAUGAGUAGAGGUUUCAUACCUAAAAGGUAAACAAUAUUAUAAUCCCUCCACACUUCAAAUGACUGUGUCCGUGGGUGAACAGCAGCAGUCACCCUGGAAACUUCCAUAAAAUGUGUGUCCAGCAGGACUGUUUACACUGCCUACAUACGGGAGAAAAAAAAAAACAACCAAAAAACAGCCAGCAAAAAAAUGGUUAAUGCUGGCCUUAAAAAGGAGGCUGGCCAGAGCCCAGUGAGUGUGCUUGGGAAGUCUAUAAAGGAGGCGCUGUGCCAAGGGGGCCAGACGCUGCGGGACAGCCACAGGCAUCGUGAGCCCGCUCCCUUCCAGACAGGUCUUUCUUUCCUCUCCUGCUGUACCCCUGCUGGGCACCAUCCCCGAGGUGCUGCAAGUGCAGAGCCAAUCCCCUGUGGGCAAGCUCCGGGUACCCCUCCAGCAGACGGUCCGGUGACACGGUGGCACAGAUCUGGACACACAAGAGAAAAAUCAAAAGGACACCAGUGCUGAUCUUUAGGCCAACAGAGCAGCAGUUUGGAUCAAGGACAGAACCGAGGGUGUUGUCUCUCUCACACUCCACCAGAAUGGUUGAUCAGCUCUAGGGCUCUGCCCCCCUUAAGCUGCUGGAGUUGUGGCCGAACCUCUGAAUUUCCACAUUCACAUGUUGCACUCUAGGUGCCCAGAGAGUGAGCAGGCGGCAGGCAGCAGGUGUGGCUGCCCAGCACACGCCCAGACAUCAGACACCCUGUCUGCCCUUCUGGUUUGCUGAGACUAACAGGCUCCCGGGACGAUUUUUCCUGCUUUACAAAUGCCUGGCUCACUUCCAAGAGAAUCACCUUUCUUUGUGAAGAUGGAGCAGUCGCUUAAAACAGACUUCUGUGACCCUUUCAGCAAGUCCUGAAAGCUGCCGAGGGAAGCCAUGGAUGCGACUACUCCAGCCCACACUCUUGGCAUGGAGAUCUACCUAGGCCCCAUGUGGCCGGCCCCUUCCAACAGCACCUCCCUGACCCUCAACUUGUCCCUCCCGCUGCAGGAAGACACCCCGGGGAACCUCACUGGGGACCUCUCCGAGCACCAGCAGUACGUGAUCGCCCUCUUUCUCUCCUGCCUCUACACCAUCUUCCUCUUUCCCAUCGGCUUCGUGGGCAACAUCCUGAUCCUGGUGGUGAACAUCAGCUUCCGGGAGAAGAUGACCAUCCCCGACCUGUACUUCAUCAACCUGGCGGCUGCCGACCUCAUCCUGGUGGCCGACUCGCUCAUCGAGGUGUUCAACCUGGACGAGCAGUACUACGACAUCGCGGUGCUCUGCACCUUCAUGUCCCUCUUCCUGCAGAUCAACAUGUACAGCAGCGUCUUCUUCCUCACCUGGAUGAGCUUCGACAGGUACCUGGCGCUGGCCAAGGCCAUGCGCUGCAGCCUCUUCCGCACCAAGCACCACGCUCGGCUCAGCUGCGGCCUCAUCUGGAUGGCCUCGGUGUCUGCCACGCUGGUGCCCUUCACGGCCGUGCACCUGCGGCACACUGAAGAGGCCUGCUUCUGCUUUGCCGACGUCAGAGAGGUGCAGUGGCUGGAGGUCACGCUGGGCUUCAUUGUGCCCUUCGCCAUCAUUGGCCUCUGCUACUCCCUCAUCGUGCGGGCCCUUGUCCGGGCCCACAGGCACCGUGGCCUGCGCCCACGCCGGCAGAAAGCCCUGAGGAUGAUCUUCGCCGUGGUCCUCGUCUUCUUCAUCUGCUGGCUGCCGGAGAACGUGUUCAUCAGCGUCCACCUCCUGCAAUGGACACAAGCAGGGGACACGCCCUGCAAGCAGUCUUUCCGCCAUGCUUACCCCUUGACGGGCCACAUCGUCAACCUUGCAGCCUUCUCCAACAGCUGCCUGAAUCCCCUCAUCUACAGCUUCCUUGGAGAGACCUUCAGGGACAAGCUCAGGCUGUACGUGGAGCAGAAGACCAGCCUGCCCGCUCUGAACCGCUUCUGCCACGCCACGCUCAAGGCAGUCAUCCCCGACAGCACAGAGCAGUCCGAUGUCAAGUUUAGCAGUGCUGUGUGAGAGGGACCUCCCAGAGGGAGGAGGACAGGGCUGUAGGGGGCAGGUUGGUGUUCAGGGCAGCACACACCCAGCACAGGUGGUGGGUGAACUGAGCCAGGCCAUAUUCUCAAAGCCCAGUGGCUUGGGGAACACCACACUGCUGGGUCAUCUCUGGGGCUGCUGGGAUCUUUGCUGACUAUCCAGCUCACGGAUGCGGCAAUCCAGAUUCAAGGGUCCAGGGCAGCAGGUCAGGUGACAUUGACCGCUGUACUCAAAGGGCACCAUACAACCUGCAGCUUGGUUUUCUCUCCAUACCCUAUGUCCCCAGAAGAUGAUUCUGCUGUUGACAAGUGACCGUCAAAAGGAUAGGCCACCCUAUGGAGCAUCAUAGUUACAUUUCUGCUACAUGAAUGCUACCUGGGUGGAGGAGUCUAGAGACAGAAUGUAUGUACCAGAUCCAAACGGGCUACGUUUCCUUUACUUGUGAUGUCUAAAUGACCAUGCACACACCGUCCAUGGCAGCAAAAGCUAAGGACACUGGAGCCUUCUUCCUGCCUUCCAGAGGCUGCAGGGUCACCCUGGCUACCACUCAUAACUCCUGAGUGACCACUGUGUCUGAGCUGAGAAAGGCCUGCCUGCUCUGAGAUGCCCACCUCUCACAACGCUUGUUUACAAAGGUGUGUGCUCUUAUGUGAAGGUAAAGGAGGCUGUGGGUGCUAGCUACUGUGCAGGUCAGUGGGAUGCCACCAUGAGACCUGUGGCUCAAGGCCUUGCUUCUACGAAACAACACUGGGAACAGUGAGGUGUGAACGGCUCUCAUUAAAAUGUAAAAGGCAAGAAGAGAACCAAGGGUUGGUGUAUUCAUUCAGUGUCUGAAUAAAGUGUAGGCAUAUGG